AAAUAAACGAAAAUAAUCGCAUCAACUUUCAUUUUCACUAUGAUCCUGAAUGACUUACCUUUGUAUCUUCUCGACGAUAUCCUCUUCAGAUUGGAACCCAAAUCUCUGGCAAUUAUGCGAUGCACAAAUAAAUAUUUCCAAUCUUACAUAUCUCACGACUCGGACUUUUCCGUGGUCAGACCUAGUUUGUUUAACCUUUGCAGCUAUGGUGACACUUCCGUCUGCUGCCAUCGUUUGGUUUCUUCGUGCGAUUUUAUAUCAUUGGAAGAAACAGCAAAAUUGAAUUUUCGUAACCGAUGUUACAUUUUUGGCUCAUGCUCCGGCCUUCUCCUAAUAUACAUCAAUGGUCUCUUCGUUGCAAAUCCCUUCACAAAGACGUUUCGACUUUUGGAUCAUUCUGGUUCAAGCCUUCUGCCUUGGAUAGUUGGUGGUGAUGGUCGUUAUUAUUUCCCUAAUGAACAUAAAUAUCCACAAGGUAACAAUGCUCGUACGGAGAGAGCAAUGUGCGUUGGUUUCGCUGUAAACCAUACCACCAAAAUUUUUAAAAUUGUAUGUAUCCUUGAGAUGGAAACCGUGUAUGGAUUCGAGAUCAACGACGGAUAUUGUUGGAGAUUAUCAGAAACAACCAUCAACGCUAGUUCAAAAAGUGAUCUCACGACGCGGAUGAAACCUGUUUACUUGGACGGCACUCUUCACUGGUUGAGAAACGACGGGAGCAUCAUAGCUUUCAAUCCCGAGACAGAGCAAGCACGAGUGAUUCCUUCCAUAUUCCAUCGGGAAUCAGAUAUGAAGUUAUUAUUCGCGGCGGACGAUAAUAUCAAUCGUUUGACCUUAUUAUUGGGGACGAAAGAUACAAUCUCAGUUUACGCACUACGCAAGAAUUCCAAGUGGAUCCUUGCUAGGCAGAUCAAGAACGUAUCUAUGGAAGAUAAUAUUUUUGUGCGCUGGAACAUGGUUGCAUACGAUGGCAAGCAUCUUGUGGUGAGGGAGAUGAAGGAUAGAUCAAAAGGUGUGGUUCGUUUGCACGACAUGGAGUUUAUGAUGAAGGAAAAUGAUUUCAAAGGUUUGGUUCAUGUGUAUGACAUGGAAGCUAACAGUUGGAGAGUUUUGGGGUCAACAUGGUGUCCAAGCCAUUAUGACAGAGACUUCUAUAAGUUUAUGCCAUCCUUGUUCCCCGUUGAGGAGGAUGAGCAGACAAAGGUUAUUGUAGCUUCGGAUGACCAACGCAUCCGCUAUCUAAGUGCGGUUAUGAGACUCAUUGAUACAACCAAGUAAACUAUCUCAUGCUUUACUUUUUUUGGGUCAUGUCCUGAUCUAUAGGAAUGUUUGUUUCCAAUUUGCUUUUCUAAUUUCAACAUCAUGCUUUAUGUAAUUCAAUUCUAAAAUAAGUUCUAAGAAGCUCU